AUAUCGCGGAAAUUAGAAAGUUGACAUUUAAGAGACCUUUGAUCGGUCAAUUCUUCCUGUUAAUCAAACGUUCUUCCAACUAUCCGUGUUGCAGAGUCAGCUAGAGCUCAAACCGAUGUAAUUGCGACGUAUCAAAUGGACUUGCGAAUUCUCUAGCUAUUGAAAUCUCACAGGAAAAUGGAACGAAGAAUCGGGGUCGUGUUCUUACUGCACGUUGUGGUGGUCAGUGGAGCUGUCAAUGAAACAUCUCAUUCAUCUACAAUCCUCCCUUCGAUGGAACAAACGGUUGCAGUGAUAACCUCAAACACAACUGCUUCUUACGUAAAAGAAGAUUCCCCACUUCAGAAAAUUGAUACUUCACUGAAUCUCAUUGGAAGUGGGACACCACCAGUGAAUGUCACUUUAGACCAUUUUUAUCAACCCGCUCAGGGAGACGGCACAAAACGAAAGAGUGUCCCCAGAAAAGGGUUAACUAAAGAGCCAGUGAAACCCAGAAAAGGAGCAGAAGUACCACCUACGGAACAUGCCAACAUCACCACCAACUCAAAUUCUACAUUUAAAUCUAAACCACUUGCAUCUGAAACCCAAAAAACUGAAGACGAAGUUUCAACGCAACCAGACUACACAGCCCUCAUUGUUGGCCUGUCUCUGGGCAUAGCCAUGGUGCUCAUUCUUGCUUCAGUCACAUACUGGCGCUUGAGAGACGUGUGGGAACGACGUCAAUAUAAGCGCGUCGAUUUCUUAAUUGACGGCCUCUACACCGACACAUAAAAAUUAAUCGAACCUAUCCUGUAUAAAGCAAUAAGUCGUGUCUGUCCUUCUCAAUUCACUUAUAAUAUCCCUAAUAAAAAAAAUACAAUUCAAAUAUUAUCAAA